GGUCACAUCCGAUCUCAUAACGACGAAAGGCCAUUCCCCUGCGAAUACCCGCCUUGCGACAAGAGCUUCAGUCGGAAAUCCGACCGCAAGCGUCACCAGGAGACCGUGCACCAGUCGCUCCAACUCAAGUGCGAGAAAUGCGAUGGCGGCUUCUCUCGGAAAGACGCCUUGAGCAAACAC